AUGCAUUUUAAUUGUAUCUGGGAAAGAAGCUUAAUUUGGCUUUUAAAUUCAUCUCUCAUGAAUUGAAUAUACAUAUACUGCUGCAAGAAUCUAACUUUACUUGGAAAAGAUAGCAAUUUUGUUGAAGCCAUUCUCUUUCUCAUCCAUUUUGAGCUUCUGGUAAGUAUCCGUUUAGCCAAUCCAAGUUAGCAAGUUUUAUCUUGAAGGAUCUGGAUGGACUAACACCAAGUUUUCAGUCUAGGACUGUGAAAUAAUAACACAAAGGAGUCGAGUUUUCUGUACAAUCAUUUACAAUGUCUAUCUUAACGAAGUUACGCUGCAUCACAGUUGAUGUUACCGGCACACUCAUUGCUUACAAAGGAGAGCUGGGUGACUAUUAUUGCAUGGCAGCCAAAGCUGCUGGGCAGCAAUGUCCUGACUAUAAACGGGUUCAUGAGGGUUUUAAACUAGCCUAUACAGAAAUGGCAAAGAAGCAUCCAUGUUUUGGAUUUCAUGAAAAGAUUCCUAACAUUGUGUGGUGGAAGACUUGUGUCAGAGAUUCCUUUGUUCAGGCAGGUUAUGAAUAUGAUGAGGAGACAUUUGAGAAGAUAUUUAGACGCAUAUAUGCUACUUUUGGUUCUUCUGCACCUUAUAGCAUAUUUCCUGAUGCUAAACCGUUCCUCCGAUGGCUCCGUGAGAGCGGCGUUACGGUUGGUCUGGUCAGCAAUGCUGAGUAUCGGUAUCGGGAUGUAAUUCUUCCUGCAUUAGGCUUGAAUCAGGGAUCUGAGUGGGACUUUGGUGUAUUCUCCGGUCUUGAAGGUGUAGAAAAACCGGAUCCAAGGAUAUAUGAGAUUGCCUUGAAGAAAGCGGGAAAUGUAGCACCUGAAGAAGUAUUGCACAUUGGAGAUAGCUUCAGGAAAGACUACUUACCCGCGAGAAGUGUUGGGAUGCAUGCUUUAUUGUUGGACAGGUUCAAGACUGCUGAUGCUGUCAAUUGGAAGAAAGAUGGUGCCACUGUGCUGCCCGACUUGACCGCUACCAAAGACUGGCUUACCUCUGAGGAACUGAAAUGCAGUGGCAUGUGAAGCUUUGUAUGAGUUCUUUGAUUAUUUUCUUGUCUUUAAUAGUAGAUUUGUAUUACAAGAAUGCAAAAAUGAGUAUGAGUUCUAUGAAUGUGAUGAUGAUGGAUUUGGUUUAACAUGCCACAUUUUGUGUUAAAUCGUCCGUCUUUCUUCUUUCUUUGUGGAAAGCAUUGCUACUCCACGAAAGCAAUGCUAGCUUUGUUGUGGAUGCAAUUGAAAUUUUAAGAAAUGAGGUAAAUUGCAUACUUGCCACCA